AUGUCUCUUGGGUCGGAUCAGCCAACCUCCCCGGGAGGGGCUUUGAGCAGUCCGAUUGUGUAUUAUCAGGACGUUUCGACCGCUCAGUACGUCGUGAACGUGUUCAAUUUACCCGCGCGCUUAUCCAAAUCAGACCUGGACCUUCUCUUACAAACCGUGGCUGUCAAUACGGCCUCCAUUGGAGCAAUCCAGAUUUACAACUCCCCAAACAACCAGGACGCCUGGGCCUCUAUUUCUGCGUUCAGCUAUUCCACAGCCGCCGGACUUGCCAACAAGCUGGACGGCUACGAAUUCGACGGCUCCAUUCUCCAAUGCCAGCUAAUCAACUCCUAUCAGCCACAGAGUUCGGCCUUUUACUCAGAUCCAGUCGACCAAGGGGUCCAGCCGUACUUUGUGCCUACCCCGUUGGCCACCCCAAUGCCCGCGCCAAUUCCUAUGCCCUCCAUGCCGCCGUACUACCCUUAUUAUUCGUACGGGAUGCCCAUCCAGAGGGCAAGAUCUGUGUCCUUCCCAUACGCUGAUCCCCAACCUGCGGCAGCCGCACCGCCACACUCUUUCCAGCCACACGCCAACCGGCCCCAAAGACGGCAACCUAAUAGGCCCCAGCAGCGGGUCGAGCUGGGCAACAACUACUCGUCGAUCCUGAACCCGGACUUCGACAAGGACGAGUCGGACCAGGACUCGGACUCGUCGGUCGACGACAACGAAAAGCCCACAGACCAGCUGGUCCAGUUUUCAGCGUCCAAGUAUGUGAGUCCGACACGGCUUUUCAUCGGCAACAUCCCGUUCCAAUCCAACUACCUCUCGGUUUUGAACUAUCUGAACGCCAAUGCGAGCCUGGUUUCGCAUUUGUAUUUGAAGACGCAGCCUAACGGCGGGUCCAAAGGCUUUGCUAUUGCUUUAACUUCCAGUUUGGACGAUUCUGUCGAGGUGAUCCGGAAGUUCAACGGUGCCAGCUUCGAAGGACGCGAUCUGAUUGUGCGUUUUGAUAAGCUGCCAAAACUGAUUCUGAAAAGUCACAACAUUAAAAAACGCAAGAGCUUGGAAAAGAAACAGGCCGACGAAAAGGAAAACCACAACGACCAAUCCGAACCGGACCAGGUCGCAGAGGAGAAACAGGUGGCUCAGGAGCUCGUGUUAACAAUUAAAAAUACAAAACCUUUACUAGAGUAA